ACCUGGACAACGUGAUUUGGCCACGCAUACCGGAAGUGAGCCACAAAACAAGAAGUUUUGACGCGUAUUUUUAGGCACAUCGAAGAAUCAGGUUUUCCGUUUUUCUGGAAGAUCCCAGGCGUGUGGGCCAGCGGUAUGAGUCUGCAGUGGACGGCAGUGGCCACGUUCCUCUACGCAGAGGUGUUCGCCGUGCUGCUGCUCUGCGUGCCCUUCGUCUCGCCCAAGAGAUGGAACAAAAUCUUCAAAUCCCGUCUCAUGGUCGCCAUCACGACUUACGGAAACACGGCUUUCGUUGUGGUCAUUUGCAUCCUUGUUUUCCUCCUGGUUGAUGCGUUCAGAGAAGUGCGGAAGUACAGCGUGAGCGACAAGGUGGACCUGAGCAACAACCCCGUGGCCAUUGAACACAUUCACAUGAAGCUGUUCCGAGCCCAGAGGAAUGAGUACAUUGCAGGCUUCGCCCUGCUCCUGUGUCUGUUACUACGGCGACUGGCAGCCCUCCUCUCUCAGCAGGCUUCUCUCAUGGCCUCCAACGAGGCGUUUCAGAAACAGGCAGAGGGAGCCAGUGACGCCGCCCGGAGGUACAUGGAGGAGAACGAGAAGCUGCAGGAGAAACUGAGAGAGGCGGGGGUGGAGGUGCCGGAGGUGGGUGGAGGCAAACCCAAGGGCAGCACCGAGGAGGAGAAUAAGACUCUGAAGAAAGAGGUCGGUCAGCUGAAGGAUGAGCUCGACGCUACCAGGAAAGCUCUUCAAAAGUCAGACAGUGACGUGAAGGCCAUGAAGAAGCAGGCGGAAAAUCUGACGGUGGAGUAUGAUCGUCUGCUGGAGGAGCAUGCCAACCUGCAGGCAAAAUACGACACUGAGCAGGAUAAGAAGUCCGACUGAAGGAGCCCCCAUCAUGCAUUUGUGUCGUCCCCCACCCCCAGAGGGCCCACGCAUCUCUUCUUGCUGUUGGAUUGUCCUACACAUGGCAGGAGCAGUCACCUUAUGUAUACUUCACUUCUAAUGUAUACUUAACUUCUAAUGUAUACUUCACUUGGUGUGAGAAACAGAAAAUAUGGAGUUUUCAUUUGUACCCCCCCCCCCCCAAUUUUACAAUUUCACUUUUUUCAAUGGAAUGUGACUUUCUUGUCCUUCCUGGUUAUUCCUGGUUUUGUAGAUUUUUUUUGUGAGACACUCUUCCUCUUCAGUAAUUUAUGGAUUACAUGCAUAAUUCUCUUGAGCUGGUAAAACGUAUCUAUCAAUAUGUAAUUAGGGAUAAAACCUUUCUAUUUCUGUCACAUGAAGUUAUAUAAAGACGUUUUUUUUUCUUUUAGCUACCUUUUGCCUUGAAAGGAGACAGAAUAUCAUCCAAUUUAGUUUUUUUAUUUUUAUUUUAUUUUAUUGUGGUGUAACUCGGAUCCAUUUAUGAGAAAGAAAUGCGUGGAAAUGCUCGGUUUUGGUGUUUGCUACCGUGCUGAUUAAUAUUGGAGUUGCAGAGCUUGAACCUGCCAUCUCCCAGAGCCGUUCAACACUGGAGCCAUCCAGGAAGCACCAGUAAGAACUCUCAUCCGGCGUACUUUCGUCUGUUCAGCUUUCGUUCUGGCUUUUUGAUUUGUUUGUUUUUACACCAUCGUCUCCUCACGCCCUUGCUGCAUGACCCAGUUACCUGUGGUUUUGGUGGUGGUCUCUGAGAUGGUGCAACACGACACUGGUGAAUCGCACCGCUCGCCCGACAUGAAGGCAUUGUAGCCAAGAUCGCAUUUCAAAACCUUGCCGCAUCUGUCGAGGCUUUGAAAUGGUAUUAAUGCCAUGUUUGAGGGACGCAGUUGAGGGAGGUUUCGGAUAUAUGAGAGCUUUCACAACCCCCCCCCCCCCCCUUAUAGCUAAUGUCUCCUAGCUAAUGUACCAAGUGACUGCUUGCUUGUAAUUUAUCCAGUUGCAAAUCAGAGUUUGAUGUUGGCCUGCACAACUAAAUGGUAAAAGCAGCAGCUGGUGCCGUGCUAGUCUGCUUGCUGGCCUCAUGAAUGGGGCAGAGACUUGUGGGAUGUGGAGUUCAAAUUGUUCAGGGCCCAUAUUCCUCUGGAUCUGCAGAAGGUGUGCAAGGAAUUCUACAGUGACCAUACCUCAUGGCUCAGUUUCUUUUGAGAAUGGCUGCAGGUGAAAUAUUAACUCUGAGAACUGUCUUCAUGUGUCCUCGGUACUUUAGGGUACAUUUUAGGCAUGGCGAUUUGUCAGUGUUGCGUUAAUUUGGAAGAUUGUUGCUGUGGUGAUAUUUUGAAUUGUACAUGUUUUCACUGGACGAUUAAUGACUCCAUCAUGAGUGUAAACUAGAUGAUAAAGAAAUGAAUAAAUAGCCUUGCUGCACUAUU